AUGGCACAGAAUGCGCCCGAAAGGCCAGAUCUUAAAACCAAACUUCUUGCCGAGAUCGACGCGGCUGUUCGGCCAGAUGUUGUCAUAGCCUCUUCAUCUUCAGGUAUUCCAAGCUCGAAAUUCAUCAGCCAGUGUCAGCACCCCGAACGAGUACUCAUUGGCCACCCGUUCAACCCACCUCAUCUCAUGCCACUUGUGGAAGUCGUCCCACAUUCAAACACAAGUGCGUCAGCUAUCUCAAAUGCGAUGGCCUUUUACGAGUCCGUGGGACGGCGUCCUGUUCACAUCAAGGAGGAAGUACCCGGCUUUGUCGCCAACCGCCUUCAAGCUGCCCUUUGUAAUGAAGCAUACAGCCUAGUGGCUCGUGGUAUAGUCACCGCCCAGGACCUUGACGCUUGCGUCACUACUAGUCUGGGGCCUCGGUGGGCCAUGGUUGGGCCAUUCCUGGCAAAUGCAAUGGGAGGAGGUGGUGGCAGUGAAGGGUUUAAGCACCUUCUUGAGCAUCUAGGACCUGCAAGCCGAGUCUGGGUUGAGGAUAUGCAGGAACACAAGUUCGACUGGUCACAGGAUAGCAUUGAUGCAUUAGGUUCAAGCGUUUCCGACGAGCUUCAAGGUAAAGACGUCCAAGAGCUCGAGCAAAAGCGGGAUGACGACCUCGUCAAGUUCUUCAAGAUCAAGGGCAUGAGGCGUACAAGCUUCCAUGGUAUUGCACUUUAA